AUGGACCGCGCAGUGGAUGAGGAACAACAAAUGCAUAGGUCUUAUGCAGCAAACCAGCCCGCAGCGGGCCUUCGUGCUGAUUUUCCUGGCCGGAAGGUGGUUGCAUCGGAAGGUGCCGAAGCAACACCAGCAACUGCAAUAGCAACAGAUCAGCAAUGCAAUAAGGAGGCCUUGCUGCGCGACCGGCGUCAGCAGCAGGCAUUGUUGACGCCGUUUUCAGGAGACCCCAAAUGUCCUCUGCUGCGAGACGUGCAGCAGCAGGAGCUAGUUCGCCAGCAUACCUUCGAUGAUACAAUUAGGCUAAAACAGCCCUCAGCGGGUGCUCUGUCGCUCUUUACGCGCUCCUCGUCUGACAGCCAACACCCAGUCACAAACUCAGAAGACCGGUGGAGACAGUUAUCUCUCUCACGGACAGAAGAGGAGCUCUUUGCCGCUGGCUUGAACACAAUGGAGGACCUCAGCCCUGAGCAGGCGGCGAGAAUUUCGGCAGAGUUGCGCGCGCAUGCUAGGAAACAGCAGCAGCAGCAGGUGCAUAUUAGCGGAGCUAUAAAAUCUGCUGCACCUGCGGAGCUCCAUCCUCUGCAAGCAGAUGCCCAAGUUGCUGCUGCUAUCGCUCCUGGGAAGGUGCCUACUGACGACCACUCUGCCCUCAGGGAGCUGCGUUCGGGCCAUCUGCAUGGGGAAACAUCAGAUGAAGAGAUUGUUUCCGCGGCACCUGCAGCAAAUCUACAGUGUAGGACUACCCGACAGCAAAAGCUUGCGGAACCCCAUCAGCACCGUCAACAGGAGCAGCAGCAGCAGCAUGAGCAUCGAACACAGCAGCGCGAGCAGCCGGAUGAACCGCAUCAUGAAAUUGAGUCUGAGGAGCAGAAGUGCGAACGUAUUGCGGCUUCGAUUCGUUUCCAGGCAGAAGCAGACCUCAGCAAACGUCGGGAGGAGAUGGCUGCUUUGCGGGAAGAUGCCGAGCGUCAGCUAUUGUCUCUACAGUUGCUGCCACCACCACAGGAGCGUUUGUCCUCGCUUCCUGCCUCGCUGAGAGAGUCUCUCUUCGGGGUAUUUGUUUGUCUCUGCCUGCGCCAUAUUGAGGAGUGCGAUGAGGAUUUUCGGGGCGAGAUAACGGAGUGGGCUCUGGGUUUGCUUAAUGCACUGGCUUCACCAAACUUGCUGCACUUAGGGGCGCACAUCGCGAACUGCCUUAGCAAACCGAUUGCUUGGAGGGAACAACUGCAAAAGGAUGGGGUUCGGGCGAGCGAUAUUGUCACAAUGGACCCUCUAAUACACAAAUUGGAGGCCUUCUUUGUUGAGAAACAAGCAGAGACGGACGAGCUUUUCCGCAGCGUACAGAGGCGCCUGAAGGCCAACCGGUCCGACUCGCCGGUCGAAGAGGCACUCACGGACAUACCACAAUCAUCCAGCAGCAGCAGCAGCAGCAGCAGUUAUAGGGAUGGAAAAAGCAGCAGCAGCAGCGUCCGCGCCACCACGCAUGGUGAGGCUACUUCGGAAGCCAUGCACAGACCGUCGGCAUUUGGUGAGAGCACUGCUCCUGCUAAGUUGGAGGAGCUGCAGAAGCAAGAGCAGAAGCUGCGCGAGCCGCGGGAUGUUCCUGUAGAUGCUAGAGACAGCAGAUUGCGCGCACUUUUGAAGCCACCCUGUAAGCUUCCUGUUGGGGUGGAUGAAGAGCACCAGCAGCGGAAGCAUGAACACGGGAAUGAUCAUGCACAGCAAGAGCUUGACCUGCCAAUUAGGGCGUUUGUUGCAGGUGACCACACGGACUUGCCCCUGGAGAGCCGCUGUUGUGGGAGCAGACAUCCAGCCGUUGAAAGUGAGGCAGUUCCUCAGGGAGAGAGUGACGACAGAAAACAGCCGGAGGUGAGAGCUGGGCGUGCAGAGCGGGUGCCUGAUGAAGCAAAGAACGAAGGCUUGCACGCUGCGGAAGUUCCAUUGCAAGGUACUGCCGUCGCAGCAACACAGCAGCGGCAAGGGCAUUGGGAGGCCCUGAACUGCACGGGGAAGCAGAGCGCUGACUCUCCGCAGGAGUGCCUGCAGCAUGAGCCCCUUCCACAUAAAGAAGAAGAGGAGGAACAGCAUCAUUACGAGGCCGUACGACCGGGACAGCAGCAGCAGCAGGACACACUACCACAUGAAGAGCAGGAACACCGCUUUCAGGAGGAGCAAUUGCAGCAAGGCAGGCAGCGGCAGAAGGCUCUUUCAGGCAGGGUUUCGGACAGCGAUAGCUGUACGCGAGAGGAAGACAGAAAGAUUAAGCCGUCGGAACUGCAACUUUCUCAGGGUGACCGCAAAGCUGAUGCCGCUUACGUGGGGCCACAAUUCAAAGGGAGACAGGAAGAGCAGCAGCAGAGGCACGAACACAGUCACCAGCUAGAGACCUCUUCGUCAGAGGAUGAAAGGGACGCUUUUGAAGGAGGAACAGGGCCCGCGCUCUCCAUGUGGGUCUCGGAGCCCCCUGACUACCGCGUCGUCUUUCUAAGGGAUUUAACAACAGCCCUCGUCACCAAUGGCACAUUUGAUGCCAGAAUUCAAAUGCUUCUGGACAGAUUGGCGGCUGAACUUCGCAUCAAUCCUCUGUUGCUUAUUCGCAUUCAAGAGAACCUCGCGGCUGACCUCUUGUCUAUCCUCCAGGCAAACACGAAGGAAGGUUCAAAGCAGAAGACGUGGAGGCGCCUCAAGAUAGCUGGCGCUGCGGUUGGCGGCGGAGUGUUACUUGCUCUCACUGCGGGGCUGGCGGCCCCCGGAAUUGCUGCUGCGGUUGCUUCUUUGGGGUCUCUUCCCCUCUCCGCUUUUUUAGCAUCAGCAGGGGGUAUGGCAGCCCUCGUCUCCAUCUUUGGAGCUGGUGGGGCGGGCCUAACGGGAUGGAAGUACAGUCGCCGUAUAGCCAACAUAAAAAUAUUUGAAUUUUUAAUGCUCAACGGCAGAAGUCCUUCAUCUCUCAGAGUCGGCAUCGGCGUUAGUGGUUACCUUAGAGACGACGACGAUGUUACACUUCCCUGGGUUUGCUCUUUCCCGAACCCGAGGUGUGAUCUGCAUGCACUCAAAUGGGAGCCCCACGUACUAAAGGCCUUGGGAGGCAUGGUCAUAAAGAUGGUCUCACAGGACUUUGCAGUGAGCGCUUCGAAGUUUUACUUGCAGUACACCGUCCUGGGCGGCUUGACGUUUGCGCUUUUUUGGCCCAUAGCACUCAUUCAAUACGCUGCAGGCCUCGACAACACCUGGAUGCUUUGUCGGGAGAGGGCACAGCAGGCCGGCAACAUUCUUGCAGAUGCGGUAUCAGACAAGGCCGCAGUGGGGCAGAGGCCUGUCACUCUUGCCGGGUACAGCAUGGGGGCAAGGGUCAUUUUUUACUGUCUUCAAGCACUUUGGAAGAAGCGGAAGUUCCACUGCGUCCACGAUGUGGUGCUGAUGGGUCUGCCGGCAUCGAUGAAUGCGGCCCAGUGGAGACAGGCACGACAGGUUACUUCUGGGAGACUGGUUAACGUCUACUGUAGAACUGACUGGCUGCUCGCUUUUCUUUACAGGUGGAUGGAGUUCAGACUCCAGGUUGCAGGCCUCGCCCCAGUAACAUCUGUGCCAGGUGUAGAAAACGUGGAUGUUACAGGGCUCGUAAAAAGCCACGCAAAUUACCCGGAGAAGGUGCCGCAGAUCAUGUCUUUCAUAUCUAUUGAAAUGUAG